AAAUGCAAUAGGUAUUCAAAAUAUAGAGGCUGGUGAAGCAAUGCAAGAUUUUAAAGAUCUUGGUGAUAGAGCAAUUCAAGAAAUUGAUGUAUCUGACAUGAUAGUAAAAUUAAAUACGGAUCAAAAACGAGUAUUUGAUAAAGUUACCAAUGCUGUAGAGUCCGAUAAAUCAAUAUUACGAUUAUAUGUUAGCGGAGAAGGUGGUACUGGAAAAAGUUUCUUAAUCAAGACUAUUAAAUGCUGGAUAAAACAAAAUAUCAACAAAGAUACUGCUGUAACAGCACCUACUGGUAUAGCAGCAUUUAAUAUAGAUGGUUUGACAAUUCAUAGAUUGCUUCAAUUACCUGUUGAACAUGGUCAAACUCAUAAGUAUAAACAAUUAUCUGAUUGUGUAUUAAAAGUUUUACGAACAGAUCUUAAAGAUGUUAUUCUUUUCGUAAUUGAUGAAGUGUCAAUGAUAUCUAAUUUGACUUUAAUAUAUAUUCAUCUUAGAUUAUCUGAGAUAUUUGAUACUAGUGAUUGCGAUGAUGGUUGGUUUGGUCGAAAGCAUAUUCUUUUAUUCGGAGACUUGCUUCAAUUGCCUCCUGUACGCGAAGAUCUUAUCUUUACACAUUUAUCCGAUAAAAAAAUUGCUAAUUAUCUUGGUUCUUUAAAUGCUGUUAAUUUAUGGAUUACAUUAUUUGAAUAUGAUGAAUUGAUAAUCAAUAUGCGUCAGCAAGGAGAUAAUUCAUACCGUGAAUUAUUGUCGCGAAUUCGUAUUGGUUUAGUGACAAAAUCUGAUUGUAAAAUUCUAGAGAGUAGAAAAAUAUUUUUCAAAGCUGAUUCUUUCGAAUCUAGAUUAAAUGAAUUAUGUGAUUUUAUUAACAGUUUAUCAUCGGACACUGUUUGUUUAUUUCCUACUUGUAAUAUGUGUGAUGUCCUUAAUAAUGCAAUGUUAAGUCGCAUUACUUCCAAAGAAAUAUUAUUAAUUGCUGAAGAUACGAUUGAUUGUACAACAUAUGUAAAAAAGAAAGUAUUAAAAGUAUUGUCAAAUAACGAUGAUGAUAGUUCUCGAACAGCUGGACUUUCAAAACAAAUUACAAUUAAAAUUGGAGCAAAAGUUAUGAUUCGGCGUAACAUCGAUGCCAGUUUGGGUCUUGUAAACGGUACAAUUGCUAAAGUAAUUUCAAUUGUACGAGAAACAUCUACUGAUGACGUAGAAAAGAUUAAACUUCUUUUACCAUCAGGUUUAGAAUAUGAAAUUGAAAGAGUAACGGCUAAAUUUCAGGUAUUGGAUAGAGCGUAUGUGAUUCGAAAACAAUUUCCAUUAUCUUUAAGUUAUGGCAUCACUAUUCAUAAAAGCCAAGGAUUAAGUUUGCAAAGUGUUGUUAUGGAUAUUGGCAACUCUGUAUUUAGUUGUGGUCAAAUUUAUGUUGCCUUGUCGCGAGUAACAUCUCUAGAAGGAGUGAAUUUAAUAAACUUUGAUCCUUCAGCAGUAAUAGCUAACGAAAAAGCUAUUAUUGAAUAUAAUCGUUUAAAACAGAUAUACAAUCCGAAAGCAGAAAUGAUUGCUGUGUCAAAAGAACGUUGUCGUAAAGUAAAAGAUGUUCCAUGGGCGUUACCAAAAAUAGUUACUUCUGUUCAAAAAUCAAAUUCAGAUCGAAAAAUUCAACAUAUGGUUUCAAAUAAAAGAAUUCAAAGCACUGCUUGGAUCAUACGUGGUUUUCAGAAUACAGACAAGAUUUCAUGUUAUGCAAAUACAGUAUUGCAAUGUUUAUUACAUUUAAAUAUUAUUAGGCAGCAGUUGAUUAAUUGCGAUAAAACAGACAUUUUACUAUUAAUAGCGGGACAAUUGUACAAGACGAUGAGUGCUAUACUUUAUGAUAGUUCGUGCACCGAUGAAGGUCAUUAUGUAAGCAUAUGUAGAGAAGGAUUAUCUAAUAUUUGGAUCGAAAUAGAUGAUGCAGAAGUAAAAAAGAGGCAGUGGCCUAGAGGUGCUAAAGAUGUUUAUAUAAUAUUUUAA